ACCCAUUCUUCUCCGGCCAACUCCUACAUGUGCGGGUCGACACACACACAGCACGCAUCAUCGCGGAACGAAUAACAGCGGCACCAUCCACCGAAGAACCACCCAGCGUCCCCUUCGGCCCCAUGCACGGCGUCACCAUGGACUCACUUACCCUCAACCUCACACGCCGUCGCGUGUUCGACAUCAAAUUCGAAAAAGCCGACGUGUGCUAUCGCCGCUUACGAGGGAUGAGCUACCGCGAGGCCGCGCGGACAUCUACGGGGUUUCGCGCUCAUAUGGAGGGGUUAGUGGACGGGGUCGGGAUGGAACGGAGUAACUCGACGGAGGUGUUGUCGGAGGCUUCGGUGGCGGCGUCGUCGGCGGCUGCACCGCCGGAUUGCUCGUCGGCGUAUGAUCAGGAGGGCAUAUCGAGCUAUGUGCUGUGUUGUGGGGCGAAGGUUGGGCAGGCGGUUGUGAGGGAUCAUUUGGGGACGUUGACGGAGGCUGUGGAUACCUAUGCGGACUAUCAUAGCACUAUAGACCACUUCCCUGUCUUCAACCCCUCCCCAAUAACAGGACUUUGGCCCUACCCCGAAUCCAGCCGCGCCCUCCGCAACGACGGCGCGCUCAUCACCAUGUUCGAUUCCAACGAGCCGCCACUCGCUUUCAACCGUCAUCAACCCGCCAACACAGUACAACAUGAGGAGCAUGGGGAGGACGAGGAGUAUGAGCUGGGACAUGCGUCGCCGGUGAUGCGCGGCCGUCGACCAAGACGAAAGGCGAAACCGCCGAAACCGUCGUUGUUGGCAUUGCAUUGUAAAUCCACGUGUCAUCAGUAUGGCGUUAGGACUGUUACACUUCGUGCGCCGGAAGGCGAGCUGCGAUUCCGCGCCGCAAAAUUCCACACCGUCUGGAGCAAAAUCAAAUGUUCCGGCCUGCAGCACCAACCCACACCGCCCACCCCUACCUCCCUCUGCCCCGCCUUCACCCCCACAUCCCACCCCUCACCACCACCACCCCCCUCCUCCUCCCACCCAACCCUCUCCUUCCUCUCCUCCCUCUACUCCACCCGCCCCGGCCCCUCCCCGCGAAUGAAAAUCCAGCCCCGUGAAGGGAUAUGGGCGGGAACAUAUGGCACGCAUGGGGUCGAGUUUUUGUUGUUGAGGUAUGAGUGGGGGGAGAUGACGAUGUUCAACGCCGCUGCUGCGAUGGCCGAGGGGGAGGCGGGCGCGGACUACGUUCCGCAUGACAAUCACGCUUACGACGAGGGUGAUACGACGUCGACACGGGCGACGACCGCGAAGCCGCAUAUACCCACCGUCGACAUGGUCUUCUACAAAGUCACGGGGGACGUCAACGUCCCGCGGGGCGAGAUUUCCUUCCGUGCGCAUUUGGGAGAUGGGAGUGGGAGUGAGUUUGUGUCGGCGCCGCCGGAGACGGUUUUCACAACCGCUAUCAACGCGAGCAACGUGAGCCCCGGUAAUGCGAGCGCUGCUGGGGGUGCGGCUGGCGGAGGGGGCGGAGCGUAUAAACCGUACGCGAUGCUCUCCGACCCGUCGUUUUCGGACGAGUUGAGGGGCGCGAGGGCGUAUGACGGGGAUGGGACGGUGGCGAUGAGUGGGUACCGGAGUCCGACGCGGAUUCGGAAUGAGGGUGGGUUUUUUUUUUGUCACGUUGUUGUUGUUUAUGGGUUGAGAAGUGCGGGGGUUCGAAGCGGUUGACUGAUUUUUUCUUGUCUUGAUAUCUCCAGUGAUCGUCAUAUCACCGACCCAAAUUGCCGUCCUAUGGCAUGACCUCCGUAAAGCGUCCCGGUUCGUACUUGUCGAGUAAGCCGUUCUCCCCGCCUCCCCCUUCCAUCCCCCAUCUGUAUCACAUUCCCGCCCUGUACCUCAAACCCACCCUAUCUUGUUCAUACCACAUCACCCCCUUUUGCAAUGGGAAAAAACUUCCCGGGGCAGUCGCGAUUCAAUCGAACAUUU